AUGUCUGUAAAGAGACAGGCUUCGGAGAGAAAGACCAAUGGAAGCCGCAAGUCAAGUUAUUAUCGAUGCUUGUCAUUCUCGUUCAUGGAGUCAUCAUCAAGGGAUGGGAAGAAGAAGAAGGAAGCAUUGUCUUUGAAUCGUAUGGAUUCUAAGAAGCUCAAGGAAGAUAUUGUCAAGUGGGCGAAGCGUGUGGCUGCUUACGUUCGUCAACUUAGCUCGAGCAAACAAGAUUAA